UUCAAUGGAGGGGACGUCCCAGAGAUAUCGGAUAGCAGGGCCAGAAGAAGUUUCCAGUGGGCUGGACUAUCCACUCCGCAGGGGCGGCAGUUUGCGAACUUUCAGGAAGGAAACUAGUAGCUCCCGGAGCACCGCCCCACCUCCUGAGUAGUGGAAUGGAAUGCACCCGGAACUCACUUCCUCUUGAAGACCUGUGUUGAAUUAAGAAAGUAGUUGCACCUGUUCCCAUGAAACGUUCACGUUGCGGAGAGAUGGCAACUUGAGAAGCACAAGAAUAACAGUAGCGACCCGGAACAGCGUGUUGUAAUGUCGUCCCAGGCUGAGGACGUGGCGGAACUUUUAGAAAUAGACAUAUGUAACGGUGACAUCUGUUCGGAGGGGGAGAGCGGAGUGUUUAUCAACUCAGGUACAGGUGCGUCACUCUUAGACGGCUUCUCGGCGUUUCAGCAGUGGACCGGACCUAGUUCUCGGUCCUCUUCAGGCCACAACAACACAGACUCGGUCUCAAAGAGACCGAGAGACAGCGCCAACGACACAUCAUCCCCGAGUCUGUAUCCCCAGAACGGCCUGGGGUCUGGAGCCGGUGAUCGUGUAGCCCUUGGCGACCUCCAGGGUCAGGAUCUCCGAGCCCCCCGCUCCUCCAUAGUGGACUGUCUGUUGGUGGAGCUCUAUGACACCUACAGCAGCGCCCGGCUCAGUGUAGACAGCCCGGAUAGCAGUACCGAGGCGUCCAGCUCUGAGCUGUUCUGCCGCAGUAAUACUGGCUCCAGCUUCCUCCAGGAACUACAGGAGAAACACACCAGGAGACACCAGGUCAACUACCUGUCUCAGAAAGCACCAGAAGAGUUGAGCUGUGUCAUAGUGGAGGUACGCUACAGGACGGGUCUCCAGUCAGCCAAGCUGCUGCGCCAGCUGAAGAGGAGAGACCGCCUCACUCACAAGCUCCAGAAGAACUAUGACAUCAUCACCGCCUGUCUGCAGGCCGUGUCCCAGAAAAGAAGUAAGGAGACGCGGUGGCACCCUGAGCCCUAUGUAGUGUUGUCCUCCCUAUUCCCUAUGUAG